AUGAACAAAUCCAUAAUUUUUUGUGACAUCAUCAGCACUAGUUUUUCUGUACUAACUUUUCUUCACAUGCAUAUAGCAAAAUGUCUUAAUUUCCACAAUUUAAUGAUAACUUCAGAAUCAAGGGCACGUGCAGCAACUGACGGUCAACCUGACAACUUCCGAAAACGAGAACUUCGUCUUGGACAUGCAUUUAAACAUUCGUCGGGUAACUGCUAUUACAUCGGAGAGGUGAGAGGUUUUCCAGGUUCAAGUGCCAGUCUCACAACGUGUAGAAUGAAAAUAGAUGGCUUCUUCAUCGUUAACAACAGAACCUACGACAUUCACCCAGAACCCAGCUCAAAAUAUUUAGCAGCAGUUCGAGAAGCAGACGAAAAUCACAACACACUUAUUUGUGGUUUGUAUUUGAAAUUUAAUGCCAUGCUGAGUAACAUUUUAACAAAGUAUUUUGUUGAUCACUGA